UUUUUGGUCCAGCACUGUGGUCACAUUGUGGCUGCAUCCUUAGGCUAGAGGAGAUUUGGAUCUGGCACAGCUCAUCUGGAAAGCACAAUGAGUGUCAAGGCCUUCAAGCUUGUUCCCGCAGUUGAGCGGGAAAUGUUGAUGAAUGACAAAAAUCGGAUCAAUAUUGAAUGCAUUGAGUGUUGUGGACGGAAUCUCUACAUUGGCACCAAUGACGGUUCUAUCUGCCACUUCCUCCUGGAAGAAAAAAAUUCACCAGCAGAGAAGACAACUUUUUCUGUCACCAAGCAGCUGCAUAAAUACCUAAGUUUUCGGAAAGCUGUGGGAGAGCUGAAAGCAGCGUCAGCCCUCAAUCGGCUUCUCGUGCUAUGUGACAAUACCAUAACGUUGAUGAACAUGAUGAACUUGGAGCCUAUCCCCACAGGGGCAAGGAUCAAAGGAGCUGUGACAUUCACUUUGAAUGAGAAUCCUGUGAGUGGGGACCCAUUCUGUGUCGAGGUUUGUAUCGUUUCUGUCAAACGAAGGACCAUUCAGCUGUUCCUGGUAUAUGAGGACAGAGUCCAGAUUGUGAAGGAGGUUUCCACUCAGGAACAGCCCUGUGCUGUGGCUGUGGAUGGCCAUUAUUUAUGCCUUGCUCUAACCACUCAGUAUAUUAUCCUGAAUUAUAAUACUGGAGUCUCCCAGGAUCUGUUUCCUUACUCUAGCGAAGAGAGACGGCCAAUUGUGAAAAGAAUAGGUAGAGAAGAGUUCCUGUUGGCUGGACCUGGAGGAUUAGGUAUGUUUGCAACUGUGGAUGGCAUUUCCCAGCGUGCUCCUGUUCACUGGUCAGAAAAUGUAAUUGGUGCUGCCCUCUGUUUUCCCUAUGUAAUUGCUCUGGAUGAAGAGUUCAUUACAGUACACAGUAUGUUGGACCAGCAGCUAAAACAGACACUACCCUUUAAGGAUGGUCACAUCCUGCAAGAUUUUGAAGGCAAAGUAAUUGUAGCUACCACCAAAGGAGUAUAUAUCUUGGUGCCACUACCUCUGGAAAGACAGAUUCAAGAUCUUUUGGCUAGCCAGAGAGUCGAAGAAGCCCUUGUGUUGGCAAAGGGGGCCCGAAGAAAUAUUCCAAAGGAGAGAUUUCAGGCAAUGUACAAGCGAAUUCUGCAGCAAGCAGGAUUUAUACAGUUUGCACAGCUUCAGUUCCUAGAAGCAAAAGAACUCUUCAGAAGCGGCCAACUUGACGUUCGGGAGCUGAUCUCUCUCUACCCCUUCCUGCUGCCUACUUCCUCUUCAUUCAUGCGAUCGCACCCUCCUCUCCACGACUAUGCUGACUUAAACCAACUGACACAAGGGGAUCAGGAGAAAAUGACCAAGUGCAAGCAGUUUCUCAUGAGCUACUUGAGUGAAGUGCGUAGCACCGACGUUGCAAAUGGCUACAAGGAAGAUGUGGAUACAGCUUUGUUGAAGCUCUACGCAGAAGCCAAUCAUGAAAGCCUUCUAGAUCUCCUGGUCACCGAGAACUUCUGUCUCCUCACAGACAGUGUGGCAUGGCUGGAAAAGCACAAAAAGUUUUUUGCCCUUGGACUCCUGUAUCACUCUAACGGUCAAGAUGCUGCAGCCCUACAGUUAUGGGUAAAAAUUGUUAAUGGAGACAUUCAAGACUCCACACGCACAGACCUUUACGAUUACAUUGUAGACUUCCUUACCUCUUGCCCUGACCAUGAACUGGUGUGGAAGUAUGCAGAGUGGGUCCUGCAGCGAAGUGAAGAGGUUGGUGUGUACAUUUUCACUAAAAGGCCAUUGGAAGAAGAACAGAGAAACAGCUUUAAUCCAGACGAUGUCAUCAGAUGCCUUAACAAAUUUCCCAUAUCACUAGUAAAAUACUUAGAAUUCUUGGUAUUAGAAAGAGGAAUAAAGAAGGAAAAGUUCCACACCCACUUAGCAGAGCUUUACCUGGACGAAAUUCUACAUCUGCAGUCAUUGGGUGCAGAGGGGUGUGAGGAGCUAGCCAAAACACAGGCAAAGCUGCGCCAUCUUCUGCGAAAAUCUGACCUUUAUAGAGUUCAUUUUAUUUUAGAUAAAAUCAGUGGCACAGAUCUGCAUAUGGAGUGUGCAAUCUUGUAUGGAAAACUGGAAGAGCAUGAUAAAGCUUUACAUAUCCUGGUCCAUGAGCUAAAGAAUUUUGCCGCUGCCGAGGACUACUGUGUGUGGAAUUCUGAGAGCAAAGACCUUCCUUACAGGCAGAAACUGUUUCACACACUACUUUUGACAUAUCUAAAUUCGAGCACGUCCGAAGAAGAACUGAUCAUGGCAGCUGUAGAUCUUCUCAACCAUCAUGCCCCUGACUUUGAUGCUGUGUGUGUUCUGCAGCUUAUUCCUGACAGCUGGUCAGUGCAGCUUCUCUCUUCUUUUUUGACGGGUGCAAUGAGGGAAAGCAUCCAUGCACAAAGAAUGACUCGGAUUGCAGUGGGCUUAGCAGAAGUGGAGAAUCUUACUUAUAAGCAUGAAAAGAUAAAACUAAAAGGACAUCCGACUAUUCUCUCAGACAAAAAACUCUGCCAGGUGUGUCAAAGCCCUUUCUGUGAGCCUGCUUUUGUCAGGUAUCCAAACGGCAGUGUGGUCCACACGCACUGCGCUGCGAACAGGCUUGUGAAUUCUAACACAAGCCAUCAUUUAUCCAACCCCAGUGGACAGACAUGAAACACAUUCACGAUGGUGCAAUUGCUGUGUCGUAGUGGCUCUUUGGAAUAACCCAGGAGAAUCUGCUGGCUAAGGAACAACUGAGUCAAGAAGAGGGGUUUGCCCUUGGGUGGAUGGGAAAUCUUCCAUCAAUCUCGAACACCACCACCCAACUGCUGAUGUAUGGUGAAUGUAGAUGGCACAAGAAAUUACAGAUGUUUAUAUAAUGAAGAAAUGCUUUCCUCACUGUGAGUGUAAGUAUUGGGGAGGGGAGUAAUGAGUAUUAUUAUUUUUUUAAAAAAUGAAAACUUGCACUGAACUUGAUCAAGCAGAGAGGGUGAUGGGCAGAAAUGUUUCUUCUCCACAUAGUUGGACUAUUCUGUCUCUUGGAGAACUGGAAUGGAGUAGCACUUUCUUAAGAGUAGAGCAUAAUGUUCUCAACUGGGUCUAAAUUUUGCCUGUUGGAGAAGCAUCAGGAACUUGUUCUGUGCUCUUCAUAAUGUUAAAAUUUGAUGCACUUUUGAGCCUUUGUUUCCCCCCUCCUUCUCUGCUGCAUAAGCCCCAGCUGUUACAAAGCUUAUUGAACCAGUGACUUCCGGGCAACCUCCUCCUCCAGUUGGGAGUGAGAGGGGAAGUGGGAUGGUGGGUUUGCCAUGGUUUGAAUGUCCCAGAGUUUCUCACACUACUAAUCACAGGGAAGCCACCCACAUCUGCUGUAUGGAACUGUAAAGUAUUUAGGGGUGAGGAGGGGUGAGGGGGAAAGUCUUUAAUAAAUGUCAUGAUUUAUUUAUUAUCCUACAAAUGUUCUGUAAAUACAGCUGAAUGAAAUGGUUUUAUAUCUCAGCAUUCUCUAGAGCAAGCACAUGUAAUCAGUAAUUCCAGGUAUAGUUUUUUAAGUCUACACCUGACAUCACAAAGAGCCAUCUUUCCCUGCAAGUGAAGAAAUCUGUGCCUCUGAUCUGCUUUGCAGGAAUGGAUUUGUACAAAAAAGGGAUAAGGAUGCUGUAAAGACGUCAUUAAUUGCAUCCUGAAGGUGCUGAAUAAGCUUGAUAACACUUAAUAAAUGCUCUAUGGAUUCUGAA